AUGGGAGCUUCGGAAUCCAAGCUUGCCUUCAGGCAGGGCAUCUUCCGCCUUUCUGAGGAGCGACGAAUACCCGCCGAUGAUCCAUAUUGGACUGGCUUCUGGCAGCUUCCAGAGUCCGUCGAGGACGUAUUUACCUUAUUCGCUCCCGUUGACAUCCGAAGGACACGAGAUACAGCAGUAGAGAACCUGGAGACUUUAUUGUUGGCCAUUACCUCUCGAUUGAACGCCCUCAGACAUCACCCUUCAUUUCCUGACCCCGAACUUGCUCCUCCCCGAGACGCUUUGAACUGCAUUCGGGUGCUCUCACGGCUUCUACCCUUCAUCUACGAGGCCGAACACUUAGAAGAAUGGGAGGAACGGUUUUUCUGGGGGCAGAGGAGGAAGAAAACUCGACAGGCGCAAUUGGCUUCUAGAAUUCUCUUUGAUGAAUCCCGUAAUGAGGAAGAUCAGGAGGCACAGCCGCGGGAUGAAGACUACGAAAAUGCAAAACCACUCGCCGAGGAACUUCUUGAUAAUUUGGUGGAUUUACUAUUCUUCGCUGGCUUCACUAUACCACCAUUGCCGAGCGCCAAAGGCAAAGUUCAGUAUUCGAUCUGGAGGGGUGGAAUCGGCUGUCAUACAUCCAUGGGGACAAGCAAAGAGUUCGAGAGCAACAGAACAGAGAUCCUACGACUUUUGCUGACUUUAACAGGCCAAUCAAUGUACAUGUCAUCCAAUCUUCUCCCAGUAAAAGGAGUCAAAUCCCUAACCUACUUAGUAACCUGCCCCGAUAAGAAGCUGGUCUUAUCUGUGCUUUGCUCACUACUUAACACCACCCUUAAAUACAACCCAACUCCUUGGAAAAUGCCUUAUGACCAUGUGGUUUGGAAAGACUCUAAGCAGAUACUUGUGAUAUAUUCGCUGCAGUUGUUGCUUGUCUUACUUUUAUACCCAAUCCCGGAAGCGGGGAGUGGGGCACCUCCGAAAAAUUUCUAUAGACACUUUUUUGGCAGAUUGCACCAGCCGCAAGAUUUCCAGUUUCUUGUUGAUGGCAUGACGAGAAUUCUUAACCAACCGAUGCAGGCUACAUCUUCAUAUUUGCCGGGUAGUCAAAAAUCAGUAAAAUGGGCGCCUGAAAUGAUGAUCUUGUUCUGGGAAGCAUUGCAAUGCAAUAAGCGCUUUCGGUCAUUCAUUGUUGACUCAAAUCGAGCUCAUGAUUUCAUAAUUAUUUGCCUUUUCUACGCCAACGAAUAUAAAACAGAUCCGACGAAUCACGGUAUUGUCAAAAUGUGCGUGUUUUUACUACAGACCCUCAGUGUUGAGCCCAACUUCGGCAAGAAUCUCUUCAAAAGAUUUGAGGCGCAAGAUACGCUUCCUCCAGCUAUAAAGCUCCCAAACUUUCGGGGCACAUACGGGGAUUUUCUAAUAAUUUCCAUUCAUACAUUAAUGACGACGGGUAAAGGCAAGCUGGAUGCAGUGUAUCCCGCACUUUUAGCAAUUUUAAAUAAUAUUGCAGCCUAUGUCGAGCAUCUAUCUGCUGCCGCCUGCUCCAAACUUUUACAACUCUUUACAUCCAUGUCCUCACCAAGUUUUCUCCUCGCUAACGAAACAAACCAUACUCUCCUGGCCUCACUGCUGAAAUUCAUAAACACAAUUAUAGAGCAUCAAUACAACAAAAACCCUUAUCUUAUAUAUACUAUUUUGAAAUCGAAACGGCGCUUUGAGGAACUCCGGGCCUUUACUUUAGAUAGUGGGCAGCAGGAAAUGGAGCAACAGCGGCACCGGAAAAAGGCAAGUUUUGCUACCAGCGAGCAUUCAUCGCACGCAUCGUAUUCGCAACAAAGCGAGGACAUCCAAAGUCCAACGCGGCCUCUAUCCCAUGUACCCGAAGAAGACGGUACUUUUGCAGUUGGGGACGAUGAAUCAGACGAGGAGACCUCACAACCAGCAACGCCAUCCCACUUUUCACCGUCUCUCGAAAACUCACAGGUUCCCUCCCUGGCUUCUCCGAUAGACGAGAGCGUCCCACAUCAGCUUCGCGGCUUAUCCGAAAAAGCCCGUGGCAAAAUGCCAGCAGGCCAAGCUGCUUUCUCUCGACAGAAUAGCACCACAAGCUUGAGUAGUUAUAGUGCGGCGCCCAGUGUACUAACGUCAUCUAAUGGGUUUGUUCCUACUGCGGCUUGGAUUGAAUCGUGGGUGCCUGAAUUGCCUCUUCACACUAUUCUAACUGUCAUAUCUGCGAUAUUUCCCCAUGUUCAAUCUGCCGCACUCGAUUCUUCCCUCAACCCUGAGGCGCGCACCCUACUCUCGGAACUUCCGUCCUUCUCAGAAGAGCCACACAUCCAGGCAGUCCUUUCAGACCCGUCUCCUGCUCAAGUGCACUUGUUUGAAUGGUCACCCCUUUCACUUGGGUGGUAUGAAUCGCUACUAUGGGGCUUCAUUUUUUCCGGUGAAAUGGUGGUUGGGUCUGCUUCUGGCUCAACUCCCGGUACAGUCGGAGUCUGGAACGGAACAGCUAUUAAGCUAUUCAGGGUGCAGGAAGCAGCUGCCCAAGGACCAACACUCCUGGCACCUAAGGGGGCUGUCGACGCCGUGGGUUCCAGCAUCGUGCAGCGCAUUGGAAACUUGAAUCUUCGAGGCCAUGGAGCAGCCUCCCAAGAAAGUCAGGCUGAGUCUGAACCACUGAGAACGCGGGAAGUCUAG